GAUCUGGCCUGCUGGCGCUCAAGAAGCUCGGCGCGGCCGACGAGGGCAUGCCCCUCCGCCGCCGGCUCCUGGACUUCAAGGGCCACCUCCACGAGGGCGACUUCGGCCGCCGGGAGCCGCCCAAGGACACGUGGGAGGAGGGACUCAUCGGCACCCGCGACGACAUCGUCCUGGGCCUGCAGGAGCACGUGGCGCAGUGUCGGAGCCAGUGGCCAGGCAGCAUAAGCAUCGUGCACGGCGUCGAUGUCACCGGCGUGGACCUCAAAGGGUGGGAGCCGCCCGCAGACGACGACGUCGACG